AUGACAUUUUAUGGCAGCCAAAUUAGUGAUCAUGAUCAUGAUGGGGAUCAGUUAGUUAUUGAUUUUGAUCAUGAAUGUGAUGGCGAUGGCGAUGGGGAUGAUGAGUUUGACAAAAUGCUUCAGCAUAUCAGAGAAGUAACUAGUGAUGAAUGUGAGACAAUUUCAUUGCUCACAGAAAAAGUUGUGGAGGAGUUUGUGCGGUACAAUAUAACAAGUGGUAAAAGAGACUGUUUAAAUGGCAAGAACGACGUUGAUUUAUCCACAUGCAAGAAGAAGAGAGGAAGCCAAGAUCAUAUUGUGUUUAAAUCCAAGAAAAAGGGGAACAAUAAGAAGAACGGAUACUCCUGUUCUAUAAUUAAGAGUAGUAGUACUGAAGAUAACCUCAAAGCUAAGAAAAAGGAAAAGAAAACGAGAAGGAACGAUAUGGACAGUGAUAUUGAUGAUAAGGAAGAAAAGGGCAUUAAGAGAAUAACGAAAAUAUUGUUUCCAACUGAUAUGAACGACCACCAUGAUCGUUUAUCAAUGCCCAUGAAUCAAAUAAAGGAUUUCCAAGGGCUUCUAAAAGAUGAGGAGGAAAAGGAAUUGUCCAAACCCAAAACAGAAACUGAUGGCCUUAUGGUGAAGCUCUUUGAUUUGGCCUCCACUGGCCGUACUCCUGGCCAUAAUAAUGAUUGUGUUUUAACAAUGCGUUUGAGGAAGUGGGACUGGAACAUGAAGAAAAGCUGCUCCUACAUGUUAACUUCAUGGAAGAACGUUUUGAAUAAGAGGGUGCUCCGGACAAAUGACGUUGUGCAGAUUUAUUCCUUUAGGCGCAAUGAAAACCUGUGUUUUGCACUCAUUAAGGUCAGUGAUGGGCAAGGUUGCAGAGAUGGUGCAUUUGGAAGCAGCAGUAGCAAUACUAAUCAAGGGAAUGGUGCAAGUGCGAGUAGUCAAGGAAAGAUCAAUGAAGAUAGGGCUAGCUAG